UCGUAAAUGGUCUAUAUAUAUGCGCAGGACAUGGCUUGACCUGGUAUGCUCCUCUUCGACUAAUUCUUUCCUCCUCAUCAAUCAUGCCCUCAAGGCCAUUCCCGAAUAUCCCAAUGUUCACAUAUGAUUUUGAGAAAUUGUCUAGCAACGAUUUCGACAAAUCAUUUACUGAUUUCCAGGAAUCCAUGUUCAACAUCUCCAAUUCCUCUAUGAUCGUUGGCACCGCUCUUUCGAUGCUAACUAUCGGAGCAACCUUCUUUAUGGUCUACCUCGUCUACAGAUGCAUCAGGGAGUACGGCCUACCGUCCAUCAACAUCAAGAGCACCACCAGCGGUGGGGCGGCCAUGGCGGAGCUGACGCCGCAGUUGCCGGACUCCCUGAUCCGGAACACCACCAUCGAGAACUUCCUCAAAGAGAUCGCCAGCGAGAAGGCCAUCCGGUUCACCGCGCAGCAGCUCGCCGGGUACACGCAGCACAGGUCCGCCGAGCUCGGCGCCGGGGGCUUCGGCGCCGUCUACAAAGGCAUGCUCCCCAACGGUCUCGACAUCGCCGUCAAGGUGCUGCACGAGCACAUGGACAACGAGGUCACGGAGCAGCAGUUCAUGGCGGAGGUGGGCGCGCUCUGGAGGACCAACCAUGUCAACCUCAUCAGGUUGAUCGGCUACUGCUUCGACGACGGCAUGCGCGCGCUGGUGUACGAGUUCAUGGCGAAGCGCUCGCUCGACAAGUACCUUUUCGAUCGGAGGCACGCUGCCGGUCCUCCGGCGCUGCUCGCCGUCGCCGUCGGCGUUGCGCGAGGCCUGCGGUACCUCCACAAGGAGUGCCAGAAGAAGAUCAUUCACUACGACGUCAAGGCCAGCAACGUCCUCCUCGACGAUACCCUGACUCCGAAGCUCACCGACUUCGGGAUCGCCCAGCUGCUCAGCCGCGCGGACGCGCACGCCCCCGUGCACGGGGUGCGUGGCACCAUCGGGUACAUGGCGCCCGAGGUUGGAACGCCGGCGCCGGUGACCGAGAAGUGCGACGUGUACAGCUUCGGGAUGCUCUUAUUCGAGAUCGUCGGCCGAAGGAAGAACAUGGACAACAGCGCGCCAGACAGCCACAAGUGGCUGCCGUUGUUGGCGUGGACCAUGUACGACCGCGGCGAGCUCAUGGACCUCGUAAAGGAAUGUCAUUCCAUGGCUGCGGCGGAUGAGGAGCAGUGGAGGGAGACGGUUGAGAGGAUGUGCAAGGUGGCGUUCUUGUGCGCGCAGGAGCAGCCGGAGGCGAGGCCGGAGAUGAGCAUGGUGGUGAUUAUGCUGGAAGGGCAUGUGGCCAUUCCUACUCCGGUGUAUCCCUUCGGUUGGAUGUACCCUGAAGAGGCGUCAGAGUUAGGUUCUGGAAGCGAGGUGAUCAUCUCCCUAGAGACAUGAUCUGCAGUGAUGCCUCCAAAUUGAUAGUUCAAUAUAUUAAUUACAUGGUCUAGUGUUGUUACGAAUUGAAUGUUUAUGUACAUGUUUAUUUUGUUUGUAAAAGAGCAUGUAUAAACUCUAAUUGGCACAAACAUAUCGUUACAUCUUAAGUAGCACAUAAACUCUUUCAGAAAAUCCAUCCAAUUAGUCCUCUCUUUAGCGUAGGGCUAGCAAUUGGACUUGUGGGUACAUGCACUUGCAGGUUUUGUGCCUAACAGGUCUGGAUUCAGAUUUAAAUUUUCGUCAACUAGU